AUACAUCGUACCUGCGGCCUCCUAUCCUCACAUAGUGCCACUUAUUAUGUCCUCAGAUGCUACGUAGAUACAGGUACAUACUCCACUUAUACCAAUAAGUCGAGACUUCAAUAACGGUCAAGGUAUACUGUCUGGGGAACCGUUUUGACUCUUUCGGGUCUGUUUGAAGAGCCGUUGAAUUAUAAAAAGACAACUUUCCACCCAAACCUUGUUGCUGUUGUACGUAGAGCAAACUCAAGGAUUUCCGAGAACUUCACAUCCAAUUCAAGUUUCCGCGGUUGAAAAUAUCACGCGUUGAACGACAUUCCAUACAUAACGCCAUCCAAAAGUUAGCUGCUUCCUUUCAGUUAUGGCAGGGUCAACCGUUCAGUCGCCUGGUAAUGCAGGUGUGGUUACCCAGCUUGCCCGGUCAGUGGGCUUCUCGAAAGCCUACAACUUCUGGCUGUGGGCUGUCUUCGGCGGUGUUCUACUUGGAUUCUCCCUCUCCCGGUUGCGGUACCUCGAUUUUCAUGGCGUCUUCUGCAGCGGUCCGGGAAUGGCCAGGGGUAACAUGGGAGCCGCCACGCCUGGUGAAUGUUUCUACUACUUAAACAUCACCGCCGAUCAGAUUGCCAUCAGAACACACCUGUGGUGUGUGCUUCCCGCCGCCCUGCUCGCCUUCGGACAGUUUGUACCCAUAUUCAGACGCAAAGCGCUCUGGCUCCACCGAAUCAACGGUUGGAUUGCGACCGUCCUAUCCCUUAUUGGCGCUUGCUCUGCAUUUCCGAUGUUGAGGCAUACGAUGGGCGGCAGUACUGAAACCCAGUCGAUGAACCUCCUGUUAUGGGUCAUCUUCGUUACUGCGGUAUACAAGGGCGUUACUGCCGCUAGACAACACAAAAUCCAGGAGCACCGCGACUACAUGUUGCGCGCUUGGUCUUAUGGUGGAUCUGUCAUUACCCUCCGAAUUAUCAUGUUGGCGACUUCCAUCGUUAUGUCGUACAUGGGUAACUGGUAUGUCGCUAUACCAUGUGACAAGAUCGAAUACUUGAUGGAUGCUCAGAACGCCACCAUGGCUGAGUACCAAGCCAAGUAUCCCGACUGUGCACCCCAGUGGACUGGAGAGGACCCGAAUAGGCACGUUGCUGUUCGCGUAUAUGUCCUGGAAGACGACCCAGUGGGCGUUGCUGCUGCCCACGCCCACUGCUUCGCCAUGUCAGGCUAUGUAGCCAUCAUUUUGCACUUCGUGAUAACCGAAGCCUACAUCCGCCUCACUUCGCCCGAGCGCAAACUCUCCAAGGCCAUUGCCGCUGGAGAGACUAACCACGCUGCCAAGAAGGUGGAAUAAAGCUCGCGCAACGAGCUUCUGACAACGCAAUUUCAGUCCCUACAAAACAAAGACUGAGUACCAACAUAAGGCUCUCCCACAGGCUAGAUUUGGCUUAGGAAUCGCACACAGCGUGUGUAGGUUGUAGCAUGUGACCCGAAUAUACCUAUAUGGAUAUAAACUA